UAAGUAUUCUCUAGUCUAUAGAUAUACUGAAUCACUCCGCGUAUUUUCAGUUCAAAAAUGUUGUAUUUCGGCUGAUGAGAAAGAUCGUGAUUCAAUCUUUACGACUAAACAGUAAACUGUCGCUGUCAACUCAUCAACUUUCAUCCUAGUUUGACACAAAGUUUUAUAACUUCUGAUUUCCAAAUGUUGUCCACCUGUUAAAAAUUUCGUUUCUGAAUGCAUCAACCGGAAAGCGAACUUGUACCUUUGUUACAAUAAGUUAUUCCAUUGGCAUUGAUCAUAUGAAAACUGAUUUGAAUCCAGAUAGAGCAGACUAUUUCACAUUAUUGGCAAUGGCUUGGUCCAGAACAGUGUGAAACAUGAAAGCAGUUUUUAUCAUUAAAAGUACAUAUAAUGUUUUUGUAUUUUUUAUCAACAAAUGUUUACAUUUUUUUUAUAAGAUCAUGAUCGCGGCAAAUUUGAAAAAUAACAGACGACGCAAGAUCUACUGUGCCAUUGUCUUGUUCGUGGGAGCCGUAUCUCUAUUCACCUGGCAUCUUGCUGUAAAUGACGGGCAGCAAAAAUGGUUGAUUACAGUGAAGGAAUCCAACAAUUCCCAGGACGCAAACUUGUCCAGCCUUUUGGAGAACUCAAAAUCACUCCGCUAUGGAUUAUACACCGACUUGAAAAAAUCCCUAAUCAAGAUGAGAAAUUUUACGAUUUCGAGUAAAAUCCUAGAAAAAUCACAACCGACUCCUUUUCCUAGAAAAGUGCUAAUCAUUAGUCGUGGUAGAUCUGGGUCAUCAUUCCUCGGUGAUCUUUUUAACCAAAAUAAAGGGGUAUUUUAUCUCUUCGAACCGUUGGGAUGGUCUGUCUCUGACUUCAAAGGCUACGAGACGAAGACAUUCAAAGUUCUCUAUGACCUAUAUAAUUGUAAAUUUACGGACAAAAUAUACUUAGAUUUUUUGUUAAAACAAAAAAGUUUCCGAAGGAAGAGCGGGAAACUCUCCACCUUCCCUGGGCAGUGCAGUCGGAUUUCAAGAAGUUCUCAAAGAUGCCUGUCAAAUAUCUUAAAAUCUUCGUGCUUGGGUGCAAGGAGUGUGAUGGCGAAGGUUUUGACACAUAGACUUCCACAAGGCGGCCUUUGGGGAAUCAGAAAAAUUUUAGACGCGAAUAAAAAUCUUAGGAUUGUUCAUUUGCUCCGCGAUCCGCGUCGCGUAAUUGCUUCCAUGAAAAAAGCCGGUUGGUUUAAAGGAAAGAACUUUACUACCCAAGUAAAAUACGUUUGUUCCUCCAUUUGGGAAAACGUAAAACACGUCCAGAAUGAAUCUGUUUAUUAUAAAGAUCGUUACAAACUUUUGGUGUUCUCCGACAUGAUGCUGAGACCAUUCUCGACUGUUGUGGAAUUGUAUGAUUUUCUGAAAAUGGGACCGGUUCCGGAAUACAUCUUUUCAUGGAUAAUACAAAACACUAUGGGUUCUGUACAAUCUGUACAGACUGGGAAAUAUAAGUCUCGGGGAACAUACAGAACGUCUAGAAAUUCCACCGAAGUGCUGACUAGAAAAGUAGAUUUCUCGAAAUUUGAGGAGAAGAUCAUUGAUAAAUAUUGUAGUGAUGCUAUUAAGUUUAUAGAUAAGGUUAGGAAAAUAGCAUGAAUUAAUUUUUUUAAAUAAUUGUGAAAUUGAUUAUAAUAUCAAAUCUGGAAAAAGUGGAAAAUUGGACCGUUCAUUUACAAUACGUCAUUAAGCCUGGUUCACAUAUGCCUGCGCUAUCAUUGUUUUUACAGCUGUUGAUGCAUACAUUCUUUUGUGAAUUAUUUGGUUGAACUGCUAACGACAAUAGCCCGCCGACAUACCGCUGGUAUAUGUAGGUUUUAUGCAUCUGACAAAGUACUCUAGUGACUGUAUUUAUGUUACAUGUCUCAAAUGACAGAUAAGGAAG